UUUGUAUCUUUAUCUUCUUUUUCAAAACUUUUUUCACAUCAUAUGCUUUGUUUUUCCUAAAGAUCUGCUUUUUGUAGUUUUCGUCUCCAAUGGCUACUCUUGGUGAUAUUGGGGUGUCUGCCUUAAUCAAUAUUUUGAGUGCAUUUGCGUUCUUGUUGGCUUUUGCUCUGCUGAGAAUUCAACCGAUCAAUGACAGAGUUUACUUCCCAAAAUGGUAUAUCAAUGGAGGGAGAGCAAGUCCGAGGAGGGGUGGGAAUUUUGUGGCGAAGUUUGUCAACCUGGAUUUCAAGACUUAUCUUACUUUCUUGAACUGGAUGCCUCAAGCUUUGAAGAUGAGCGAGACCGAGCUUAUCAAUCAUGCUGGCCUUGAUUCUGCUGUUUUCCUCAGAAUUUACACUCUCGGCUUAAAGAUUUUCGUGCCCAUAACAGUUGUGGCACUUGUUAUCCUUAUUCCGGUGAAUGUGUCAAGUGGAACAUUAUUUUUCCUGAGGAAAGAAUUGGUUGUGAGCGACAUUGAUAAGCUUUCAAUAUCCAACGUUCGUCCUGAAUCUAUAAGGUUUUUUGUUCAUAUUGGAUUAGAAUACUUGUUCACGUUUUGGAUAUGUUUCAUGCUUUACAAGGAAUAUGAUAACGUAGCAACAAUGAGGUUGCAUUUCUUGGCCUCAGAGUGUAGGCGUGCAGAACAGUUCACUGUAGCUGUGAGGAACGUGCCACAGAUUUCAGGUCGCACAAUAGCAGAUUCUCUGGAUCACUUCUUUAAAACCAAUCACCCUGAUACUUAUCUUUGUCACCAGGCGGUAUAUAAUGCAAACAAAUUCGCUAGACUGGUGAGGAAACGAGAGAGGCUUCAAAAUUGGCUGGACUAUCACCAAUUGAAAUUUGAAAGACAUCCGGAGAAGAGACCAACUAAAAAGAUAGGUUUUCUUGGGCUAUGGGGUGAAAAUGUCAAUUCCAUUGAUUUCUACAAACAACAGAUAAAAGAAUUUGAUAAACAAAUGGAACUAGAGCGCCAGAAGGUUCUCAAUGACUCCAAAUCUAUCCUUCCUGUUGCUUUUGUAUCAUUCAAAUCACGUUGGGGGGCUGCUGUUUGUGCACAGACGCAACAAAGCAAAAAUCCUACACUAUGGUUGACAGAUUGGGCUCCAGAACCCCGUGAUGUUUAUUGGCGAAAUCUAGCUAUACCAUUUGUCUCAUUGACCAUUCGGAAAACAAUAAUAUCAAUAUCAGUAUUUGCCUUGGUAUUUUUCUACAUGAUACCCAUCGCUUUUGUGCAAUCUCUUGCAAAUUUAGAGGGUCUUGAAAGAGUUGCUCCUUUCCUUAGGCCAGUUAUAGAACUGGGCUUCAUCAAAUCUUUCUUGCAAGGUUUCCUUCCGGGUCUCGCUCUUAAAAUCUUUUUGUAUAUACUGCCUACAAUUUUGAUGAUCAUGUCCAAGAUCGAGGGACAUAUGGCUAUAUCAACUCUUGAACGAAGAGCAUCAGCAAAGUACUAUUAUUUUAUGUUGGUGAAUGUGUUCUUGGGGAGUAUAGUGACUGGAACAGCUUUUCAGCAAUUGCACUCUUUCCUUCACCAACCACCGACCCAGAUCCCUAGAACCAUAGGGGUGUCGAUUCCGAUGAAGGCCACUUUUUUUAUUACAUAUAUAAUGGUUGAUGGAUGGGCUGGUAUAGCUGGUGAAAUUCUCCGACUUAAACCAUUGGUUAUUUUUCAUCUCAAGAACAUGUUUCUGGUGAAGACUGAACGAGACAGGGAAAAGGCAAUGGACCCGGGCAGUGUGGACUAUCCGGAAACUCUCCCGAGUCUCCAACUGUACUUCCUUUUGGGAAUUGUGUAUGCUGUGGUUACUCCCAUCCUUCUUCCUUUCAUAUUAGUCUUCUUUGCCUUUGCCUACCUGGUUUACCGUCAUCAGAUAAUUAACGUCUACAAUCCCCGGUAUGAGAGCGGUGCUGCAUUCUGGCCACAUGUGCACAGCCGCAUAAUAGCAAGCUUAUUGAUCUCUCAACUUCUAUUGCUGGGCCUUCUCAGUACAAAAAAGGCUGCCAAUUCAACUCCCCUUCUUGUUAUCUUACCCGUAUUGACCUUAUCCUUCCAUAAAUAUUGCAAAAGCCGCUUUGAACCCGCAUUCAGAAAGUAUCCACUGGAGGAAGCAAUGGCAAAGGACUUGAUGGAUCGGACCACAGAACCUGAUAUAAACUUAAAAGCUUUCUUAGCUGACGCAUACUUGCACCCGAUAUUCCGAACUUUUGAGGAAGAGGAGAUGGUAGAGGUCAGAGUUGAUAAAGUUAGAGUUGACAGACACCAAACUAAUGCUGAAACUGCCCAAACUAGAGAAGAUUUCAGUUCCUCCUCCCCGCCGCAUCAUGUACAUCGUCACUCAUCUCCGCCUCACCAUAGCUAUCAACCCACCUCCCCACCGCAAGACGUCUAUCUCCAUGGAAUCGCAUCCCAAUACGAGUAUAACCUCUCUUCCCCUCCCCAUUAUGGAUACCAUUACGAAGCAGAACCAUGGACCUCAAGGGACUAAUGCUUAGAAAGUGUUACCAGUUUGUGAGAUUUCUACUUACCACCAAGGACUAGGCAUUGAUGAUGGAGUCAUUUUCUUUUCCUAGAUAUGAACUUCCCCUCUGGUUGUAAUUUUUGAUAGUUUACUAGUGGAGUUACAGAGUCCAUGAUUUCCUUUUCUCGUUUGUUCGUACAUUAUUGAUUUGUCAAUGUAAAAUGUAUUGCUCUACAGCAGCAGAAACCAUUAGGUCUAAUUAUGCCUCCA